GCUAAGAAAGAUGCAAAGGCUCGUAAGAAAGCCGAAAAGAAGGAAGCGGGGCGCAUUGUGAAAGAGGAGAASGAAGCUAGGGAGCGCAAAGCUAAAAAGAAGGCGGAGAAAGCKCKGGAGGAGGAAGAGAGAGUUGCGGCAAUACGUAAAGAUAUGGAUCUACAUGUCAAGCUUACAGUGAAGGAAACACUCAAUGGAGCCUGCYYCGASUUCCGGGAUGCUUUCAUUGCUGCUAAGCUCCACGAGAAGAUGAAGGGGAAACAGAAAGUGAACUACGUACCGGAUGAGGAAUUCUCCGAUUACGAAUUCGUGAGMAGUGAUACGGAGGAGAUACGCGAACGGAUGCGGGGUCUAAGUAUUAAUGAAAAACGGAAGAGAGGGCCGGAUCCUGUCUUCGAGGAUAGCCCUCCCAUGGAGUCGCCGACGAAGAGGACACCGAAGCGUACACCGAAGAGGGGGAUUCCGAAACCGGUGAAGCUUACACCAAGGUUCACUCGUUCGAAGUCCAAGGCGAAGAUAAAACUCUCCYCAGCAACCAAGGAACGAUUCACGUCAGCAGUGAAGCGAAAGAUUCCCACUACGAUGGGCAAGAUUGGCCGGUACAAGUUCAGGGACGAGGUGAUGCGACUGCUCAAAGACCACGACGCGAUUACUCUGCAGAACCUUUGCGUCGAGGAAGGGAUUCAGUAUAAUGGUAAGAUUGAUGCGAUCUUUAACUAAGCGGAGCACAGGACUUACACCGCCUAUGGUACCGA